AUGCAUUUCUCGCGGUCGCUCCUCUUUCUCCUGUUCACCUGCCUGGUGUCCUCGUCCUCCCUCACUAUCAUCAUCCCGGGCUCCAAUCUCCUGCCCAACCCUCAUGUCCUCCCCGCAACGACCCAUGCAACCCUCACUACUCUCCCAUCGGCCGGGAAAGACCACAUCUUAACCACUUCGUUAACCCGCUCCUUGACCCUUGUGUUCCGUGACCUGCCCUCGUCCCCCGAGUCCUACCUCCUCGACAUUCACUCGGGGGCCGACUACGUCUUCGCCCCUUACCGUGUCGACGUCGCCGCCGAUGGGUCGAUUCUCGGGGUUUGGGAAACCUUCCGAGGUAACCCGUGGGACAAUCGCGGCGCAGAGAAAUAUGUCAUUGAUGUGGCCUGUGAGCCGGAGAAUGAUGUCGUUGUCGAGGCGAAGGUAGUCGGUCAAAAGAGCUUCUAUGAGGAGCGCUCCAAGUUCUCCCCAAUGAGUCUCUUCAAGAACCCUAUGAUCUUAAUGGCUAUCUUUGCGCUGGGUGUCACGUUUGGUAUACCUAAGCUGAUGGAGAACAUGGAUCCUGAAAUGCGCGCCGAGUUUGAACAGCAUUCUCGAUCAUCGCCCAUUACCGGUGCCACUGGCAAUGCCAUGUCCGGCGGCGGCUUUGAUUUGGCCGGGUGGAUGGCUGGCACCGCAUCGAGUCCCGUGGCGAAUGCGGAUGGAGCGCGGGGGAGCACUACGGGCCGAGAGGCUGGCGGUCCUGCGCGGAGGCGUGCAUAG